AUGCGGGGCAUUCAACUUGCGAAAUAUGUCAAGGGCCCUCAAGAGCUCAAGGUCACCGACCUUCCAGAUCCUAAGCCAAGUCCCGAACAAUACGUGAUACAAGUGCACGCUGCCGCAACCAAUUUCUUUGACAUCCUGCAAGUCCAAGGCAAAUAUCAACAUCAGCCACCUUUCCCCUGGGUCGGCGGUGCCGAAUUCGCUGGAGUUGUUCUGUCGACACCUGCUUCAUCAAAGUCACCCAAGUUCCCAGUUGGAUCUCGCGUCUUUGGUGCAUCGCAGGGCUCUUACGCCACCAAGGUCUGCGCAACCGAGGUACAGCUACUGCCUGUGCCAGAGGGCUGGUCCUUCCGGGACGCAUCGGGCCUCUUUGUCACAGCUCCCACCUCUUACGGUGCCCUGGUUCUGCGUGCUGGCGUCAAGGCUGGUGACUAUGUGCUGGUUCACGCCGCAGCCGGUGGUGUUGGCCUGGCCGCCGUGCAAAUCGCAAAGGCCUUUGGCGCUACAGUCAUUGCUACUGCAGGCACGGAGCGCAAGCGUGAAGUCGCCCGGGACUAUGGCGCCGACCAUGUUGUCGACUACCGCGAUGAGAAGUGGCCUGAGAUUGUCAAGAAGUUAACCCCCAAGGGCAGGGGCGUUGAUAUCGUCUAUGAUCCUGUAGGUCUUGUUGACAAGAGUACCAAGUGUAUAGCUUGGAAUGGGCGGAUCCUGGUUAUCGGCUUCGCUGCUGGAACCAUUGAAAAGGUUGCCAUGAACAAGGUUCUCUUGAAGAAUAUUAGUCUUGUAGGUAUUCACUGGGGCCAGUAUGCUGUUCAUGAGAAGGAGAGCAUCCCUCUUGUAUGGAAAGGCAUCAUGAAGCUCGUGGAGCAGGGCAAGUUCAGGGGCACUGUCUUUACGGACAAGGAGUUUGUGGGACUAGAGAGUAUCCCUGAUGCCCUGGUUGCGCUUGGAGGUAGAGAUAGUUGGGGCAAGGUCGUGGUUCAAGUGCCACAAGGAACGGAAAGUAAGCUGUAA